AACCUCGUACUGGACUCCGGCGAUUCAGGUCUGGUGGUGUUGAGCUGCACAUGCGAUACUUCGACGUGCAACUCGCAAGCCUCGCAUGAUAAAGUCCUGCUACCUAUAGCAUCGCUACAGGCGGGUGAAGUCUGCUGGACAGUACUGGGUUCUCCGACCGACCUGAUUUCACUCGCAUUAGCAAGACAAGAUGGGGGAUCCUGGGCCAGGAACGCCUCGGCCAAAUCGACCAUGUCGUAUCGCCAACUGUUCAGGAGCUCGUGGCGACCCGGGAUACCAAAUGAGGCGACAAGCCACUCUGGGCCCGAUGGACUUCAUUACUGGAGAUUACCUCGCGGAGAUGAACCUGGCUGAGAACGCCGAGAAGAUGGCAGCAGGUCGACAUGACGGAUGGGAGCCCACCGCUUGGGACGGCCUCGAGCAGACUCUCGAUGUCAUCAAGGACAAAGGCAUCAAGAUCAUCAUCAACGGAGGCGCGCUGAACCCCAAAGGUCUAGCACAGAAGGCGCAGAAGUUCGCCAACGACAAAGGUCUUGACUUGAAAAUCGCAUAUGUUUACGGCGACGACCUUCUACAGGAAGUCAAGACGGAGUUGGAGAAGACAGGAAAACUGCCCCGUCAUCUGGACAGCGAGAACAACAAAGUGUCACUCGCCCAGAACGCAACUGACCUGCUGGAUACCAAGGGUAAGCCUAUCGUUAGCGCGAAUGCUUACCUGGGAGCUCGAGCCAUUGUCAAAGGUCUCGAGCUCGGCGCCGACGUGAUCAUUUGCGGCCGGGUGGCAGAUGCAAGUCCUGUCAUUGGCGCAGCCUGGUAUUGGCAUGGAUGGUCCGACACUGAUUACGACAAUCUGGCAGGCGCACUGGUGGCGGGACACUUGAUCGAAUGCUCUGCAUACGUGACUGGGUCGAACUUCUCCGGCUUCGACGAGUACCCGUUGGACACAUUUGUUGAUCUGUCGUACGGGAUCGCGGAGAUCGCGGUAGAUGGAACGUCAGUCAUCACCAAGCACGAGGACACCAACGGGUUGGUCAACGAGGACAACGUCAAAUGCCAGUUUCUGUAUGAAUUGCAGGGCUCGAUCUACCUCAACUCCGAUGUGGCGGCCGACACGACUGGUGUCAGGAUCGAGCAGGUAGGCAAGAAUCGAGUCAAACUAUCAAACAUCAAGGGCUCGCCACCACCUCCAACGACGAAGUUGGCCAUCUUCUACCAUGGCGGGUAUGAAGGCCAGUUACUUAUCAAUGCGACUGGUUAUGGCACGAAGGAGAAGUUCGAAUUGUUUGAGAAGCAGCUCAGACAUGAUAUGACGCAAAAGGGGCUGAUUGACAAGUUCCAGUUGCUGGACUUCCAGGUCUUGGGCGUGCCGGAGGCGAACCCAAGAUCGCAGUUCGCAAGUACCACGUACCUCCGGGUGUUUGUGCAGGCGGAUACGGAAGCACUCAUAUACGCAUUGCUCAAGGGCUGGAGUGAAGUCGCCAUGAUGCAUUUUUCGGGCAUGCAUUUGUCGCUGGACACGAGGACGGCACACCCGCGAUCGUACCUCGCAUUCUACCCGGCGGUGUGUGCCCAGGAUGACUUGAAGGAGGGCGUGGCUGUUUUGUCGGCGGGCGGCGAAGAUGUUGAGAGAGUGGAUGCCGCGCAUCCUCCUAAGUAUCAAGAGUUGAUACCGCGGGAGAACUACGAGACCGCACAUCCAGUUGAGAUCGCAUCGUUUGGGACCACGCGGAAAGCGAGGCUGGGGAAUAUAUGUCUGGCCAGGUCGGGCGAUAAGGGCGCCAAUAUCAACUUCGGCAUCUUCGUGCGCAAGGCUGAACAAUAUCCUUGGCUGCAGGCGUUUAUGACGAGAGCGAGGUUGCAAGAGCUCAUGGGAGAGGACUGGAAGGAGGACUUCUUCAUUGAGAGGAUGGAGUUUGCCAAUAUUCAGGCUGUACAUUUCGUCAUUUACGGUCCACUGGGGAGAGGUGUCAGCAGUUGUCGCUUGCUGGAUGCCUUGGGGAAAGGCUUUGCUGACUAUAUCCGGGACAAGGAGGUUGAUGUGCCUGAAAGAUUCUUGGAAGAAGUGGCGGAAGUCAGGAAGCAAAGGAGAGCAAUGCUUUAGCAUUGAGUCCCUGGGGGAGAAAAGCGGUAUGUAUGUGCUGCGUACACAGAUUAUCAAGGCAUUCAGAAUCUGAAGCUGACCACCGGAAAAGGCCUUUCAGUGUUCAUUAUUGUCAAUCCCAUGUCUUUGAACUCCCAAAAUGAACGCCGUCCUCUUUCCAUGGUGUGGUACCUUGCGUGCACUGACCACCGUGGCCGCGAAGGUCAUGAAGAAUGCUGUCGGCGAUCAAGGCAAGAUAGUGCAUUUCGUCACAGCCUCGUCCAUCUCUGCUACGACAACAUCCACGAACCUCCGCCAGGCAUCGCCAAGUGCUUGCUGGAGUAGCACCGCGGGAUUCUCAAUUUCAUAGUCCUGAAAAUGCGUUUCGAAACUCAUAGUGCCGUUGCUGUACUCAGGUC